AAAUGUCAGUGUAACAGUGGUCUGUGUAACAAAGAUUGUCUCUGAUUAGUUUUGACCCCUAUGAGGAACAGUUCAUAAAAUACACUAGGUGCUCAUUAACAAAGCUGUACUGAUGCCAUCAGAUGAGACAUCCUAACCAUUUCACAGUACCCUACUUCUCAAAAGUUAUGUCCCUUCCUCUCCGGAUCUUGUAAUUAAAAGAGGUGGUUUGUAUUCAUCAACACACUAAAGGUAUCCAUGGUGCAGACUUUAACGGCUGUCAAUCCAAUUACUCCCAAGUCAAGCCUCUCUAUCAGAUCAGUUCAUCACACACAACACAGUAAUUAAACUACAGAGAGAUAACCUUUGACCUCCAGGUCUUAUGACCACGACAGCAUGUUUUAAAUGUGGAUGUUUGCUGCAGUAAAGGUUCCAGGUCAUCGAGAUUGGGGGAGGUUCAUGUCUGGUGGUUCAUUCAUUAACUAUAGGGAAACUGUGUGUGUUUUAAGUGGAAGAAUCCUUUGUUGUGGAGGUGCAGAUCUUCCGUUUUCAGGUAAAUCUGACAGUCAGGAGUUCUGAUGGUGUUUGAUGUUACUUUGUACUAGUGCAGACUUUUAUACAGUCUUAUUUUUCACUGCUGUUUUCUGUUGGCUAAUUUUGGUGAGGAGUAAAAUCCCUGAAAUCAGGUGCAGGUAAUACCUCAUCAAUAAUACCUCAUAAAAUUUUUGAGUCUGCUAAAAUAUAAUCAUAGCUGAAUAUAAAAAAUAAAUAAUUGAAUUUCUUGUGCAUCGGGCUGUACUUGUUCAAUCCCAUUCUGUACUGAACAGAAGACAAUGUGAGUUAUAUAGAAAUUAUGAAGUUUGGAAACUUUGCUUGCUUGCUAUUUUGAAUUUUUACCCUGAAUUUCUAAAGGAAUAUAAAAAAGAAAAUGAUGAAAAGAAAUGGAAAGGGGUAUGCUGAGAGAGAGAGAGGGAAAAUUAGGAUGCACUUUUUUUUUUUACCGAAUAUUCAGUAUAUGACUCUUACACUGUGACCUUUGGACUCUAGAUCUGUUACCUUAUUUUUCAAAAAGAUUUUAGGAAGAAUAACACAUUCAUACAGAAGUAUGUCACUGUGGCAAAAUUAAAUUAGAAAGUUUUUCUUUGUCCUUUCAAAUUUCAUCAUCCAUCUCGUUAGCUCAGGGGAUUAUAGAGAGAUACAUGUAGGCAGGCAAACUGAUAAUGACACAUUCAAGUGCCACAGGAAUUUUAAUAGUUAAUGUCUUCACGGGUUUACGCAAAAUAGCAAUUUUUUGCUACAUUAGACAAAAUUUCAAAUUUCCAACACCACAAAUUUAAUUAUCAUAGAUAUCCUAGAUCUUUCAUUUACAAGAAGUUUGAUGGGGAUUGUAAUAUACUUCAUUACUCUAGACUUCAUUUAUUGAUAGGGAUUGUAAUAUACAUCAUUAUACUCCAGACUUCAUUUAUUGAUAGGGAUUGUAAUAUACAUCAUUAUACUCUAGACUUCAUUUAUUGAUUUUGUUUUAGAGAAAUUUGAUUUGGAAACACCCCCUCCCCCUCUUUCAAGCAUCAUUUCUGAAAAAUGUGGCCAUCAAAAGGAUAUAAAAGAUAUUAAAAGGAAACCCGGGUCCAGUCUUGCCUUGGAUUUAUUAAUAUGGUGGAAUGUUCAAUGACAUUCAAGGGCAGAAUGACAUUGAUGGUAAUAGCUCUAAGGAAGAUCAGGCUGAUAAGUUCUCCAAGCCGGAUUCAAAUGAAAAAUUAAGUUUUGAAAUUCUACCUUUAAUUCAAGUACAAUAGGAUAUUAUAAUUCUCUUGGUAGAAGUCUUGGUGCAAAAUCCCUUUUUGUCAGCCUGCUACGACAAUAACUAGGUAAAUUUUUAUUGUGGAGUGGAUUAUGUUAUUUUGAUUAAUUACAAUGCAUUUUUUUAUGUAUAGUUUCAAAUUAAAUUUUUUGACUUGUACUUGAAAAUAUUACAUUUCAAAUUUUCUAUAAAUGAUAGCAUGUUAUAUGUGCAUAAAUCAUGACCGAUUUUCCUGAUAUUGAAUUUUUAAAAAAAACAACAACUCUACAAAUUCAACUGAAAGUGUAAACGGACAAUUAAGAAAGUCAAUUUAUACGUUGAUCCGAAACUGUAAAUUUCCUCAGAAAUUUUCUAAGUGUUGCAUUUUUAAGAUACGCAGCUCAGACAACACAAUGGUAUAUAUUUAUCAGCUUGUGAUUUACGGCUGCAGGGUUUUAUAUCCCCAAAUAUUUGCUUCCUUAUAGCAUUCAAUGAUUCUAUCAAUUCAUAGGAUAUAUUGUGAAGGCUGUCGUGAAUUAGAUAUUAAUCUACUUAUAUUGUAUCAGCUGCCUUUUUAAGGAAAGGUAAAUUCUAUUACAUGUAUCUGGAAGAAAUAACUUUGGUGGAUUUUGUCAUUGGAUUACUGAGCUGUAAAAGGCAAGGAAUUGCGUAAUCACAGUUAUUUACAUUUGUAAUCUGAUUGGAAAAUUGUAAGGAAUUCUGUGUAGUAAAGAAACAGUAAAAACUCAUGCUCAGACUUGAACAUUUCGAAAUCUCUGAGGUGAAGGGAACUUUAUGGAGCGAUAUUCAGUAAAAGACUACAGCAUUGUUUACAUCCACUGAAUGUGAUGCAAAUUAUCACAUUGCAAAAUGUUUUGCAGACAUUAACCAUCUGCUAGUUUUGGCUGUAGUAUUCUACAUCCGUUGGAAUAUUGCAGCUGAUGCGGUAAUCCAAAGGUAAACUAAUGAAAACCAAGUUUAUUUGGAAUCUAUACUUUGUGAAUUCUUCAAGUCAUAAUUUUGCAAAGUGAUCACUCUCAACAAAUUCAAAAAACUUGUUGCUGAGAGCAAUGUACAUGGAGUGCUAAGAAGAUGAAAUAUUACGGGUUAUGAACGAUUACUUCAGACAGGCAGGUGCAGGGAGGAGGGGGUUUACCGGUGAUUUGAUAAGAUUUUCAAGAUUUGAGUCACCAGGUCCAGAAUGUUGUAAAAAGUAGCCCAAUGUUGUCGGACAUUCCACGAGCACCAGGCAUCAUCUGUUCAAGGAUUUCAUCCAGGUGUGCUCACAGGAAUGAGGAUGGUCGAUUAACUGAUGGGAGUACAUUUCUAUUUGGAGAGAAUGCAGACUGGGCUUAUCUUCCGAUUACAUAAUAUGUUACAUAGUGAUAUUCUAGUGACACUUUCCAGUGUCUUAUAAGUGAGACGUGCAGACAGGCUUCCCAUGAUGCACAUCCUCGUGCUGUGCGUCCUUCUCUGAAGCUGUGUGUGGUGAUGUAAUGUAUUGUUCUUCAGUCCUAUGAGGAAUUAUCAAGCGAUGUGGAUGUCUUUCAUUUUAUUGAAUUGUUUAGAUCACUCGGGGCAUGGCUGACAUGUUGCAGUCAGGUUAAUAAGGGGAACUAAAUGUCUCUCUCUCAGUAAGUAUAGACAUCUGUCUUAUGCUGUUGAAUUUUAGUAAAUUUUCUGAAUUGUCAUCGUAGUAUUUGGUUUAAAGUAAGUGUACAAUAUAUUUCAUGAAUGAUGCAGGGAAUGCAAUAGAGAAUCCCUCUAUAUUUUAAAAAUGCAUGACAUCUGCAGUCACAUUUUCUGUCUGCUGUGUGAACUUAUCCUUUAGGAUAAUUAACACAUUGUCACAGUUUUAGUGAGGAGCGUGUUUGAGUGUGUAAAUAAAUAUCGGGGCUAUUUUCUUUCUCCCUUUAGUAGAUGUGGUUACCACUCCGAUUGGCUUUUAAAAGUGCUACUGCAGGAUGUAUAAAAUAUUAGAUCAUGAGUUUUUAGGUUACAUGAGUGUUGACUCUGUUAUAGUCAUGUAUCAUGUUAAUGUUACAUGUGUUGUAUUGUGUAAAAUCAUUCAUCAGUAUAGGCACAUUUUGGGGCAUUUAUGUUUUAAGAACACAUCAUGUUAUGUACUGUUGCUGAAUUUAGCUUAGAUGUGCAGAACAGAAAAAAAUAUAUCAGAUUCUGUAGCCCUUGGGACUAUAGUGAUACUUUUAACUAAUACUCAGGUGACAAAUAAGGCCUGUAGGCCUCUUUUGAUAUCUCAGGGCCAUAAGUUAGUGGAUUGCAAAUACCGAGUAUUUUGCUAAAUAAAAUAAUUUUUGAAAGUUCCCAAUACUUUUUUUUAUUUUACAUGCAUAAUGUUAAUAUUUAAAGAAUAAAAUGCCAUUCAUUGUUGUUUCAUCGGGUGGUGAAGGUAGCAAACAUUGCAGAAAAAAUUCAUAACCCGCGUAAAGAAAAACGUAUUGUUUAUUUAUAUUUUUAGGUAUUUUUUCAAAAUAUAAACUACAUUUGAGUAAUAGAAAUAUUCUAUCGUUGACCUAUUCGUUACUUUGAACAGAACAGCCAAUACACCCUUUGACCUUGACAAUGCUCCAUAUUUGGUAAUGAUUACGCGGACUGAUGGUACUAAAAAACUGGAUCAAACUAGUUUGCAACAAACAUGUAUUCAUUGUUGAGGAUGAAAGCAAUAUGUCACUUUCAAAAGAAAUAUAAGAGAAAAGAUUCAGUGAAUGUAAAUAUUGGUGUUAACACGUACAGCUCCUUAACUGAGUACGCAAUGCAUGAAGACUCUGUAGCAAUCCUGAUAAAUAUCAUAUAAAUAAUUGUUGUAUUAAUUAACUUCACACAGAAGACAAAGUAUUCAUAUUUGCAUGAAGCAAAACAUAUAAUAUUCCACUAGCCACUAUUAGCUAUGUUAAAUACUGCAGAUAAAGCUCUCAUUUCAGCAGAUUCCUUCAUAUCUUCAGUUAUGCAUGAUGGCGGCUAAUUGAAAAGACAAAUACACACAGACAGGUGUUAAAUUAAGGUGAAUGACCAAUCAUUCAGGUGAUUAUUGACAGAGUGUUAUUCACCUUUUACAUUCACCUGUUGGCUUGCUCAUUGUAACAUCGUGCUGUGUCCCUCCUGGGGUAACCUGUGAAGGAGUCAGGGUCAUUCUGAUGCUUAUCAUGCACAACCAGAAUUUUAUCAGGGGGCUUAGAUAGAUUGUCAACAAGGUGUAUAUAUUGCUUCAUCAAGCCCUCAUAAAAUUGGCCUGCUCUAUUGGCCUUCUUUGUGGGACUAAUUGUUUUUAAUUGUUUAAAGUGUGUGCUGAAGGGAUCUGAUGUGUGUUGAGAGGAGAUUUUAUUGGGCCAUUUAACACUCAACUCCAUGAUAUCUGUUGCAGAAAUGGGACAGGAAGUUGUAAUUAGGGAUGUACAGGUAUAUAGGAUAGAGGCUGAUUGAAUUCUGUACCGUUCCAAUUCAAAAUGUUUGAUAGAGUGUCAUAGGUGGAAUUUGGAGGAGGGAUUAUAAAUUGUAAACUUCAGGCCUAUAGUUGACAUAGGAGGGGUCACACUAAACUCCCAAUAAAUAGGGCUGAUCAGCAAUGUGAGUAUUGAUUGUGCUAGCAGUGACUGGAUGGGAAGGAAGUGAGAGCAGAGUGAGAGCUCUCCUUGUUACAGACAUGGCUGAUAAAACUCCUGUGUCAGUUUUUGUUGGAAUUUCAUCUGUGAGUGUAAGUGGUUUUUUGUUUUUUUUUAAUCCUUUUUCAGUAUUUUGAUUUCUGUUAUGGCAAAGUUGUUUCUGCAGAUCGAUGAUGCAAGAAAAAUGCAAGAAUGGAAAUUUUUUCUUCUAACCUUGAAAAAGUUAAUGAUUAAAUUCUUCUUUCAGUGUUAGUAAUACUUUGAUAUUUAUAUACACUCUACAUUCAUUCCUUACAGUUUACGGGUCUGUAGUGCCCUCAGAUAUAUAGAUGACAAUUUACCUGUAUAAAAUUGCUGCUAUUAGGUUCAAUUCAUUUGGCAAGUUCAUUCAAUUUUGAAUUUUAAAUACAUCUGGCUUUUUGGAUGAAAUAUUUUUGUGCAAAAUUGUAGACUACUGAAAUGACACAAAUUGUAAUUAGAUAAAUUGAUGUCAGAGAAAGCACAUAUUGUAGAUAAAUAAAUUGAUAUUAAUAUGUCACAAAUCCUUCCUAUGGCAAACAUUAUCAUAAUGUACGUUGCUGUACAUGUGCCCUUCUUUUGGAUAACUUCUCUGAAAUCUUUUACUCAGCGCUUUAAAUUGAAAUAUGUAAAUAGCUAGGAAAAUUGAAAUAUAAUAUUUGUUUUUUUUUUAAUGCUGAUAUCUAAUUAAAUGUUUUAUGAUUUGAUCAUCAUAAUAUUAAAGCAGUAAUUGAAGUACUGCUUCUCAUGAUUUCUGAUGUACAUGUAUGUUUAUAAAUUAUCUAAAUAGAGAAUUAUUAUCUUAUUUUUUUAAAAUUAAGGCAGAUAAGUUAAUUAUCUGAUGGUAGUCUGUGAUCUGUGAAGACUUUUACAAUUGUACAUAAUAUCUGGCAUUUGUUACAUUAAAUUCCAUAUAGAAACAGCAGAAUUUGGAUCACAUUAAGAGAUAGGACUCCUCUACAUUGUAAAUGAAUGUCAAGUAGGUUUCAAUGGGGAAAUGAUGUAAGGGCGAUUAAGUUUUGUUGUAACAUAUAUCCAGUAAUGAGGGGCUGGUUGUAUCAGUCCUGCUUGUGGGCAACAGAUGGCUGGAGAUGAUAAAGUUGUCCUGCCAAUUCCCUGCUGUUAAAUCAAGAGUUACUGGCCUCUGGAUAUCCUCCAUAUUAGUUCCAAACUCAGCUAAAGAGAAUUAUAUUUUUGGAAUCUCUUUAAGAUUUUAUUAACUUUCAGUUUAUAUGAAAUGAAGAGUUCAAUCUUCUUGGAUUAUCUGUUGACUUGAUUGGAGAUUCUGAUUUUUCGAUACUGUGAUUGCAAAUUAGAUAUUAGUUGAAGAAAUAUCUCUGUUGUUAUGCCUUCAAUUGGGAUGGUAAAUAUAUAACAUCAAUAUCUUAUAGACCAUCAGGGGGUCAACAACACAGCUGCUUGGGGAUGUUUGCUGGGGGAAUAUUGAUUGGUAGCAAUUAAUGGAAUUGUGUGAUACAUGUUAAUAAUUGACAGACCAUUUACAGCGGGGGUUUGUGUAUUGGGCUCACAUUAUGGUUUUCGGUGAAAGUAGGUUUCAUUAAUAAUUAAGAGGGGUGGUGUGGUUACAAAUUGUGUAUUGCAUUAUGUUGUGUUCUGGCACCCACAAGGAGAAGUUAUGGGGCCGACUGCACCUGCUAAUUACUAAACUAAUAGACCCUGGAUUGUUAGGUCUAUUGGGAAUUUUAGCAGGAGCUUGAUCAAUGUGAAAUUGUCUCUCGGAAACUGCCUCUUCCAUUCAUGAUUGAUACUCAUGAACCGACAUCUCACGAUUCAUAUGUCACACUGAAAGUUACACAAAUCCCUAGAAAUUCUUCGAAAAUGAAAAUAAAUAUAAGAAUAGAAAUUCUUUGAUGAAGUAUUGUAGUUUUCGUAUGAAAAAAAAAUUAGAUUUAAAACAUGCCUUCAUUCCCUAGUAUAGAUUUACAGUGUGGAGGUAUUAUAAACAAGAAUGAGUUAUCCCUCUUGAAAUGGCUAGUGUUUACACAUUCCAUCCGCAGGUAAACUCAGGUAAACACAUUUGAUGUUAAGAGGUGUGGAAUUGUUACAGGUAAGAAGAUACCUCUGAAACAGGGAGAUAAGGUAUCAGAAAUCAAUCUGUCAAUUAACCAGCUUGUUCACCCAGAAACUGUAACAAAUAGAGUGGUGACCUGAUUACUGGAGCGUAAAUUGUAAAUAAAUAACAAAUGGCUGCACAGUGUAUCACUGUGCUAGAGGUCAGGAAGUUUGUGAGCUGCUCACCGUUAUGUAACAAUGACAUUGAUAGGUUCUCCUAUGUCCGAUGUUUCAGGGUAACUCUGAAAGUAGGCACAGUUAUAUUUUAUUUUAUAUCAUAUGAGCAAUCAGAUUGGAUUCUCUCUCGCGACUUCUGAAUCGUAGAUUUGUGACAAGUGAACUUUCAUAACUAUCAAUAAUACUGUACAUGCAUGGUAGAUUUGGUGAUUAAGCUAUGUGGUAAUGUGUGUUAUUUCUCUCCUCAUUACAGAUAUGAUGUCACAAACUCUGGUGGAGACAGUGUCCAUUAAUUAUGAAGAUUUUAAUGACAGUUUUCUGACCUGUGGCACGUGCCUGUGUAUCUAUGAUGCUCUGGAGCAUUCUCCGAAACUGCUGCCAUGUUCCCACACUGUGUGUAGAAGCUGUCUAGAGAGGAUUGUGGAAGCACAAGUCCACGACACUGGCUAUUUCCGAUGUCCCAUUUGUCGAGAACACAUCGGUGUCCCACGUGGAGGAGUUGUUGCAUUUCCACCUAGUUAUAUCGUAAACCAGCUGCUAGAUUUGAUGCAGCAGCAGCGUCGCGACGUUAUACCCAAGUGCUCAACACAUUCCAACCAGGAGCUUCUCUUUUGCGAGACCUGUGAUUCGGUGUUUUGUACCCAGUGUAGCGGUGGGCAACACAACGGCGCAGGCGCCAGUCAACACACCGUCAUUCCAUUCUCCAUUGCCAUCAAGAGGAUGUCGGAGAUCCUGCUGUACAAAGCUCACCUCUGUAUCAAAAACCUCAACCAUGCUUACGACAAUGUGUCUGCAGAGAUGCAGCUCUUAGAAAACUCAGUAGAAAAGACUGUAGAAUCUAUAAAUAGAUCAUUCCAAGAUGUCAUCGCCAUGGUGGACAAACGCAGGCAUGAUUGCCUACAGUGGGUCCGUAAAAUACGAGAAGACAAGCGCAAAAUUUUGCGUGAACAACUGGACUUAAUCCAGGCAGAAAAAGACAGGGUACAGAGUGAGUGUGAUGGACUUCAGUUUCAAGUCGAAGUCCGGAACAUCACAAGGAAAAUUGGAGACCUCAACGAGAAGCUUGAUGCAACAAAUACACUGUCUGAGCCACGAGAAAAUUCCUUCAUGAAGUACGAGUUCAAGCAUAACAGCUCAGUGAAGGAAAUUAGCAAAGCUCUAAAUGAGUUUGGCAGAAUAAAUAUCAGUACGACCUUUCCUGCCUUGUGUUCAGCUAAAGCAGGGGAGGCAAUUACUCAUCUCAAAUCCUCCAUGGUCAUCAACACAGUGGAUUACCAUGGCAACCCCAGAACCAAUGGUUCUGACCCAGUGUGUACCGAGGUGCGCACGGAAAAGGGGGAGCUGGUGGAGUCGAAAGUGCGAGACCGAGAUGACGGAUCGUAUGAAGUGCAAUACGUUCCACCGAGGGCCGGAAAAGUCAAAGUCUUUGUGAGUAUUUUCAACCGACCAAUCAAAGGAAGUCCUUAUGUGGUUGAUGUCUCAGAUCACAUAGAUCCGGUGUGGAAGUUAGGGUCUCGUGGGAAGGGAGAAGAGAAUUUCGUUCAGCCGGUGAGAGUUGUGUCAGACAGUGAGGGUACACUGUUUGUCUCUGAUACGGGUAAUAGCAGAAUCAAAGUCAUCAGUAAUGCUGGUGAUGUCGUCCGACACCUAGGCCCUGUGGGCCUGGAGAAUCAGGGAGGAACUGGUCUGGCCUUGACACCAGAAGGCAAAAUAGCGAUUGUCAACUGGAGGACCAGAACUGUCUCCAUAGUGACCAAAGAGGGUGAGCUAGUCAACAAAUUUACCUGCUCCGAUUUUCAGGAGCCAACUGACAUUGCUGUUAACAGCCGAGGAGAGAUCAUUGUAGCAGAUCAUGGUGCCAACAAAAUGUUUAUGUUUGAUGGCAAUGGUAAGCCCCUGACAACGUUUGGAGGAAGAGGGGAAAAAGAUGGACAGUUCAAGCUUAUUUGUGCCAUAGCUGUAGGCAAAUGUGAUGAAAUACUAGUCGCUGACCACAGAAUUCAGAUCUUUAGCAGGGAUGGCAAGUUCUCUCGCAUGAUUCCAGAUCAAAAGAAAGGGCAGUACACAGGCUUGGUGGUGGACUCGGGUGGAUACAUUCUAGCCACUAAAACUGAGAAAGGCAAGAGCUUUGUACAAGUCAUGAACUCUAGUGGAAAGGUGAUUUUCUGUAUUGACAGCAACAGUGAUCGGCUUAAGCGUCCCAGCGGCCUGGCCACCACGUCAGAUCACCAUGUCUUCGUUGUUGACCUGGGCAAUGACUGUUUGAAGAAAUAUCGCUACAGAUAAACACUGCUGCUCCAAGGUAAAAAUAAUGAGGUAAAGGAAGUCAUGAAAAAGAAAAGACAUAAGAUGGAAAUAAGCCAAUUCUGGCCCGGAAAUUCAUUUAGAAAAAUUCUUCUAUUUAUAUGAAAUUAAGCUACAUGUACAUGUAUUUACAUGUUAAAUAAGUCGGUAACAAAAUAAAGAUUUAUUUUUAUAAGAUCACAAAUUUGGGAAUUUCUCAGUUUCCUUGAAACUUCUUUAAAAAAUUGACUUUUAGGGCAGUUUAACACUUGAAAAUCAGAGAUGUUAUGCACUGACUAAAGCUAAUUUCUUGCAUUUGCAACAUUUAUAAGAUGUAAAAAUCAACACAUCUCAAUUUCAUUGUGGUCAAUGCAUGUUGCCGACUCUUCCUGAAACCUUGUAGUUGAGAGAAAAAUAUGAAUUUUUGCCACUUGAAAAGAAAUGGUAGAAUAUGCACAUGUUUUGACAUUGUUAAUAGUAAAUUUAUGAUUCAUUACUAAAAAUUUUAUUAGUUUUGUUUAUCUCACCUAAUUCAAAAAUUUUGAUGAACAAUUUUGUAACUUAUUUAGACGAAGUGUAAAAUUACGAUAAAUUAGGACCAAAUUACUAAUUAGUAAACCUACACUGUACCUCUUUGUAGAAGAAACUAUUAGGGAAAAUGGUAUUUUAAUCUUGAAAAAUAAAACAUUCAUAUCAGAUUUCAUACUACACAAUGAUGAAACAAAGAAUGUGUUAAGCAGUGAUGUAUGGUUCUCAUAUCUAUAAUCAAUAUUUUGUUAAUCUGUUGUUGUAGAUGUAAACUAAUAAUCCCAAAUGCACCAUGGGACAGAUCAUGUGACCAUGUGACUAAAAGUGAAAUCCAUUCCUGCACCAGGAAGAAAAAAAGCAAGCAAACAAAACCCAAAUAGGAGUAACUCUGUGCAAUGACCUUAGUUCUUAGAUACUCAAGAUGCCAGACGGUGUUUAUGUGAUAUAUUUAGAACUCUGUAUGACACACUUUUGUAAGGCCUAUUCAAAUAUGCACUUUUCUCUUUGAUGUUUCAAUAUUUGUGGGAUAAUUUGUGCAGUUAUUUUACUUGUAAACAUUGUAUUGAAUUCUAAAUCAAAAAAAGUAUACAUUCAAAGAAUAGCAAAGUCUGUAGAUGUUUUAAAGAUCUGUAAAAUCAUGAUAUUGUCAAGAAAUCGACCUACUUAAUGUUUCUUCAUGUACAUGUGUGUAUAAUCCCCAGAAGCGUGGUGGACAAUCAGUUUCAUCUAGUAUUAUGCAUGAAAGACAACACAAAAAAAGUGUUCCAAUCCAUCAGUGGUCAUUCCGCCCCUCUAAUAUUAAUUCUGUCAAACUAAGUAACAGCAAACAUUGUACCAUCUCUAUUCCAUCAUGUGUGUGUUAUGUUGCAUAUUAACCCAUCAAUUCUGUUUUAAACAUGGAAUAUGAAUUUUGUUUUCUUUUUUCAUCUCGAGUAAUACUGUAUUUUGAACGCUAUUGAAAUUUUGGUUCUGAUGUGCUGUUAGUAUAUAUCUGAAUUAUUUUUAGAUUGAGACCAAAUACUAAUUCCAUCAGCUACAUGUACAAUAUUUUGGUCAAUAAUGUAAAUUUUUGGAGCAGAGGAAUUGGGGGUUUCUAGCUGACAUGAUUAAAUGGUGUUCACGGGGCUGUGAACUGCCUCUCCCUGCUGUAAUUAAUUCCUAUUGAAAGAAUCUCAAAAAUCAACUUCUUCAUUUUCCUUUCUGGAAUAUGAGAUUACAAAACUUGAUUUUUAUGUAUGAAGUGCUGAAAGUUCAAAUCAUUAUAUUUAAUUUUAAAGUAUGACUAGAUGUCAAUCUUGCUGGGGUAUGAGCUCCAUUGGUCCACAAAUAUACUGAGUUUUUACAUAAUCAACUUUACAAGCUGUUUACUUUGAAUUUCUAUGCAUUUUUGACUUUAUGUGAAUUCGUGAUUGUGAUAUGAUAGAUGUCGCUGAGUGACAAAGACAUGACUGGUCAUUAUGCUAGUACAUGUAGGUGUGUGAUAGCUGGGAUGAAAUUUCCUUCAGAAGUUUGAUCCAUUUUUGUUUUAAUUUUUAUGUGGGCGAUCACUUCAAGUAAUGCAGAGUAAUCUAGUGAGAUAGGUUGAGAGUCAGUUUUGUCCAGAAUAGAUCAUUUUCCUUUGCUAGUAAGAUAUCUGUUAUGUUAGUGAUAUCAAACUUUGAAAAAAAUAGUUGAUAUUCAUCAACUACCAGCAGUCAUCAUGUUACCAAGGAAACAAGUCUAAAUUAUCCAUCAACUACCAACAGUCAUCAUGUUACCAAGGAAACAAGUCUAAAUUUUGUUUUUCAACAACCAUUAUGUGUGGACAUAUGUGUAAAAUAAACUGCUUCAGGAACUUACUUCGUAAAAAGGUUUAUGAGGAAAAUAUAACUUGUGUUAAAAUCGGAUUUAUAAUGCAGUUUAUCGUUAUACAUGCAUUCUGGUGGUGUUUUUUGGUUGUUGUGUUAGGGGGUUGGGGGUUGGGUUACAUGACAAAUGAUUUUUGUCCAUAGAUUGGAUGUUGGUUUUUAAGUUUUGGAUAUUAGAUAAUUGAGAUUUAGAGAUGUUUAUAUUUAUCCUCUGUACCAUUGCGGUUAUAUCCGUACGUUUUGUAUGAUGAGUGAAUCGAGUCUUUCAUGAUGUAGUACUGAUUCAGUAUAGACAACUCAGUGCAGUGUUCUUGAAUGUUUGCUUCAGCUAUCAGUUCAUGUAAAAUGUAAACUGCCUUGACAAAGUUGUGCAAGUAUUUCAUGAUUUACACAAGAAAAUAAAAAUAUAGUACAAUAUUA